AACACCCUUUGAGCAAGACGGCUUUACAGCGCAGAGAAAUUAUCGCCUGGUUAACGGUAAUUUUUCUGUUGGAGCUUUGUGAUAGCUGAAGCGAACUUUCGCCCAAAGUGGAGAAAACCAUUUGAGUGGAUAUUUUUCUUGCUUAUUCCUUUGGAACUGCAUUGGGUUUUGCCUACGAUGCCUCGAUGUGCCAUUGUCAAUUAAUUCCUAUUCAAUAUCUUCGAAAAAACAAUUCUUUAUUCAAUAGUUUCGGAUUUCAUUCACACACUCUUUUCAGGGCCUCUAAAGAAGACUUAAUCAACAACCGACGUUAAAGUGCAGGAGCUGAACAUCGUUCGCUACGCUCUAAGCAGGGAAUUUGUUCGCUCAUAGAACAGUGCGUUUUGGAAAAGUUCCUUACAAACUUGCCAUGACCGGGCGCGGAUUCGGCUUGGAGGAGUUCAGCGAUGAACAGUUUCUUGUCGGCGGAGUUACACUUCUGUUUACAGGACUGAUCGGUUUUUUUGGUAACCUGCUUGUUUUGAUUGUCACAUACAGAAUUCUUCGGCACAAGAGAAACAUUCCUAAUGUACUAAUACUAUUUUUAGCCUGGACAGACCUGUUAGUAUUUCCUUUAGCGUAUCCGCAAUCACUGAUAAAGUAUUUCUUCGGAGUCUACAUCGGUGACUAUAUGGGUUGCGAUUUUCAAGCAACAGCUAUCACAUUUCUCUUCAUGUCUUCCAUUAUUCUGGUUGUUGUAAUGAGCGUCGAUCGCCUUCUGGCAUUAAGUGAACCAUUUUACUAUGACAGGCAUGUGAUUUACGACAAGGAGAAAGUGAAGGUGGCUUCUAUCGGCGUCGGAUGCUCGGUUCUUACUGUAAGUUUACUUCCCGCCUUUGGAGUCAGCAGAAAUGUUCUUCACUUUCCUGGCACAUUCUGUUUAUUUGAAUGGAACUCGACCUCAUUUGAUGGCCGAGCGCUGCUUUACAUUUUUAUGUCUUCGUUAGCUUUUGCUAUGUUUCUGGUCGUUUCGUGUAAUUUAACUACAGUUAUAAUGGCUUUGAGACUCGCGCGUCGAAGACAGGAUAGCAUAAAUAAGCCUCGUUCUGAUGAAGAGGCGGCGAACUCAAGGCCUUUAGAUCAUCACUGCAGCUCUGGAAAAAUGGAAAUUCAGUUCGCUAAAUUAAGUGGUGCUGUCGCCAUUACUUUUUUUAGUUGCUGGAGUUUGUUUCUGUUAAGGGUGACGCUUAUCCAAAAUGGCUGGCCAUUUGAGGAGUUGAUCGACUUCAUUGCGGUGCGGCUGGCUUCCCUUCACACAGUUGUCAACCCUUGGCUUUAUCCUUUGACUAGGAGGAAAUAUCGCGAUGCAUUCUGGUACUUACUGACGUUGUUUGUGUACUAUGCCACCUGUACACUACUGGUAACCAGGCCUGGUACCACCUUGGAUGAAAUAGUUGGUAUUCAGUCUGAAGCAAGUCAGGUCCGUGAACUCUACCGAGAGGAGCGACGACGAUCAAGUGCCCAGCGGCUUGUCAAAUAAAACGAGCAUAUCGAGUUGCAUGUCAAACUCGUCACUGGGUCUGAUGGGUGUUUAAAUCACGAUUGGUGUAUGCUAAAUGGGCAGAGCACGGUAUGGCAAAUCUUAAUUCCUACAGUCUCCAUUCCUGUCACAACUCUGCCCAGAGUAGCGACGACGAUCAAAUGCUCAGCUCAGCGGCCGGUCAAAAAGCAGAAUGUUUUUCGGGUUAAAAACAGCGAUAAAGAAAGUUUACUCGAGGUCACUCAAGUGCGUAGUUCACAUAAUGAUUUUCUGAGCAACUGUCUAACAUAACAAUAAACUAUCGGCCAUUGAGUUCCAUCUGAAAUCGGAUCGAUUUCUGGUUUUUGAACCCAACAAUCAAGGAAAUUUCUUUUCAGAUGAUUUACAAGCAUAUCGAAUAUUAGAUGUUUCGCACAUGUGCAUGCAGACUGUGCCUUCUGAAGGUGGUAGCGUUAGGGCGAUUGUGAUAAAUAGCCUGGGGUAGAUAGCCUGAAAAUUUCAUUUAAUUACUGAACGCUUUUCGCAUCUCUUCUAAGACAACAGAAAGGGAAACAAAAAAGAACAAAAAGAGAAGACAAGGGAAACUACGAUCAUUAUUUUCUGAGAAUACGCUGCAUUCUAUCUUGUCAACUUUCCAAGAAUAUGGACAAAAUUGAAAAAGGUUGACUGUGAACACAGAGGAAGAACUGAAGUGUACAUUAAAAAGAAAUUCAAGUAGAAAAAAUCGCUAGUCUUUAGUAGAUUAU